AUGGUGGAAAUCAAUGAAAGCAAGCCUCUGGAGUAUUACAUUGGAAAAAGCACUGAUGCAUAUUUGGAGAAGAGUGAAAGAAUGAGAGCCUGGGAAGAGCUUGCAGAUAGGGUCAAUAGUGAACCAAUUUCCGCUGCAAUCGCAAUUGACCUUCUCGCUCAUAAAAUAAUCAGUCCAGAUCAGGAUGAAGCUUAUGCGGCCUUUGAGACAAUCGAUUAUCUCGUCCGGAAUUGCGGCGAAAAAAUCCACGAAAAAGUUGGAAAGCACAGAUUCCUUAAUAAUCUCGUGAAAGUCACGACACCGCGCUAUCUUGGAUCCAAGACUUCACCGGAAGUUCAAGCAAUCGCUAUUAAAUUGCUUUACACUUGGCAGAAGACGAUUCGCCAUAUAACCAACUUCAAGGAUGUGUAUGAAUCUCUGAAUGAGAAUGGCGUUGUCACUGAAGAUCCCAUUAUUCCCGAAGAGGAAAUUAUCGUAGUACCACCACCUGCACCAAAACGUUCAUUAUUUAGUGAUAAGAAAAAUCAGAUCUGCUUCAAACACUACUUAAAAGCAAAAAUCUGGAAGAUUUGCAAUUUGCAAAUGAUCUCAUUAAAGUAUUUGUUUAUGAAGAACAUUGCGCACGCGAAAAAGCUGUAUGCCGAGUUUGAUCGCCUUCGCAUUGAUAUAUCGGCGCAGCACGUCGGAAUCGGCGAAUACGAUCCGAACACUAGUAAAAGGCUAACUAGUGUCGCUGAACAGCUGCAGGACCUUCGUAGUGUGCUUUGUGUUGGUGUUGCGGAUUUGACUGAAAGCAAUGAUCCGAUGUUGCCGGAACUCAUCAGCCUUAUCGAGAAAUUGAAUGAUGACAUUCCACACGAAGAUGAGCUGCAAAAAAAUCAAAAUCGGCUCAACAACAAGGAAAAGAAAUCAGCUUCCCUAGACCAGGAGGAGCUUCUUCUCCUCAACUCUCCAAACGAAGAAGAGGCAAAAAGCGACAGCACUGUCGAUGGAAGCCUGCUAAGCAAAAUGAUUGCAUCUGACGCAUUUGUUGAGGACGUCCCAUUUAUUGGUUAUGACAAGUACUUCCACGCCGCAGCGGAAAAAAAAACGUUGGACAAGUUUGAGAAAUCAAUCUUCGAAACCAAUUAUCUACUCGACUCUCGCAUUCCGCUAACAAAGUCAACAAGCACGGACGCGUCGAAGAAAAACGCCAUGGGCGUUACUCGAGCGGAUCUCGCGAUUUUCGAGCCAAAAGAGUGCAUCCUAGCCAACAAACUCCCGAUUGUUGUGCUGGAUCGUGACGGUAUUCGCAUUCUUCUCUAUGCUUUUGAGAAAGAGCCAAACUCGGCUGAGAGCAAAUUCAUUGCCUCCAUUCAAAACUAUAGCAUCAAUUUUUUCACCGACGUCUCUUUGACAUUCAACACAACGAUGCCGAACACCACUGUUCAAUUCCAAAAUAUCAAAAAAGCGCUGCCAGGCUACAACACCACUCGCAAUAAUGAGCCCAUUGACGUCUUCCUGAGCAUUUCCACUUUACAGGAUGUCAAACAAAUCGAUCUUGAUUACUGCUUGACAUACAAUUAUGCUACUGAGCAUAGCGUUCGCGGAAAUGUCUACGUUCCAUUAUCUUAA